AUGAGCGCUUCCGUGACGCUGCCCCCCGGGGGCGGGGAAGAGCUCCAGACGGCCUGGUCCCCAGCGGUCAACGCCAGCUGAGCCCCGGCCGGGGAGGGGGAGGCGGCGGCGGGGAGUCGGGACGCGGGGGCAACGGGCAUGGUCGCCGUCCAGUGCAUCUACGCGCUGGUGUGCCUGGUGGGCCUGGUGGGCAACGCCCUGGUCAUCUUCGUGAUCCUCCGCUACGCCAAGAUGAAGACGGCCACUAACAUCUACCUGCUCAACCUGGCCAUCGCGGAUGAGCUCUUCAGGCUGAGCGUGCCCUUCGUGGCCUCGUCGGCCACCCUGCGCCACUGGCCCUUCGGGUCCGUGCUGUGCCGUGCGGUGCUCAGUGUGGACGGCCUCAACAUGUUCACCAGCGUCUUCUGUCUGACCGUGCUCAGCGUGGACCGCUACGUCGCGGUGGUGCACCCUCUGCGCACCGCCACCUACCGGAGGCCCAGCGUGGCCAAGCUGAUCAACUUGGGCGUGUGGCUGGCGUCCUUGCUGGUCACCCUGCCCAUUGCCAUCUUCGCAGACACCAGGCCGGUUCGGGGCGGCCAGGCCGUGGCCUGCAACCUGCAUUGGCCGCACCCGGCCUGGUCCGUGGUCUUUGUGGUCUAUACUUUCCUGCUGGGAUUCCUGCUGCCCGCUCUGGCCAUCGUCCUGUGCUACCUGCUUAUCGUGGGCAAGAUGCGGGCGGUGGCACUCCAGGCCGGCUGGCAGCAGCGGAGGCGCUCGGAAAAGAAGAUAACGUGGCUGGUGCUGAUGGUGGUAGCCGUCUUUGUGCUCUGCUGGAUGCCUUUCUACCUGGUGCAGCUGCUGAACCUGUUUGUGACCAGCCUUGAUGCCACGAUCAACCAUGUGUCCCUCAUCCUCAGCUACGCCAACAGCUGCGCCAACCCCAUCCUCUAUGGCUUCCUCUCCGACAACUUCCGCCGGUCCUUCCAGCGGGUUCUCUGCCCGCAGUGCUGCCUCCUGGAUGCGCCUGGCGGUCCUGAGGAAGAGCCCCUGGACUAUUAUGCCACUGCCCUCAAGAGCAGAGGUGGGGCAGGGUGGAUAUGCUCUCCAUUCCCCUGCCAGCAGGGGCCCUUGCAACCAGAACCCAGCGGCAAGCAGGUCCCCCUCACCAGGACCACCACCUUCUGA